AUGAUAGCUGCAAUGAUCCGGAAGCCGCUGCCCGAGAAACAGAGGCAGAGCCAGGGGGUGGGGAACAACUACGCUUUCGAGGUCGUGACUGCGUCCAGCGGUAGUGAGAAGAUCACCAAGAUCGGCUUUACCAAGGGCCCGGAAAAGAGGCGACUGUCCCGCAUCCUCUACGAGUGCCAACACCAGAAAAUCGAACAUGAAGAGGACCCUGAACAUGUCCCUAUCCGCCUGUAUGACAAGGCGGAGAAGCUCGCCCUUCAGGAGCUCUCCGGCUUCCGGUAUAAGUUCAGCUGCAAUUGCAGCGUGAAAGAACACCGCGAGUACUUCACAGUCAGGUCAGAAGUUGCACGCGAGGUUGUGCGGCGCUGGCGGGAGUUCUGCAAGCAGGAGCCGUACGACGCCGAGGGAAAGCUGCGAGACUUCUGGGAACACAGAUUGAGAAGGAUGCGGCGUGGCGAGGAGUCCGAAACGAUCCACGACCAUGAAAAACGUGCCCUGCGUUGGGAAGCCUUCGUGAACCCGACAGACCUCGAGAAGAUAUGGUUUGAAUUUACCCAAGGCUUCGACAAGUUCUGGGGAUGGAGAUGGCAGGGGGUUGCCUUCAUCGAGUGCUGCAUGAUAGUAGUACUCAGCUUCCCUUCCUUCAGGGCUGUUCUCUUCUUCUUUGGAGUGGUUUCAUUGAUCCUUGCUGAGCUGCUCGGGUUUGAAUUGCCAUUAACUGUGCAAGUCGUGCAGGAUAAUUUUGCCAAAUUUCAACAACUUUCUCGAUCUCCAUCGCUCACCAUAUCUGAGAUGGACAAGCAAAAUGCGGAUUCGCCAACAAGAGAGAUACAAGCUGGGUCAAAAUCGGAGGACAAGGAACUGAUUCCUGGCAUAAAUAGAUUGGAAGAUCACGACAGUGCAUUGAUGGAUGACGAGAGUGACCGUGAGGAGAAGUCUGAGCUUUCUGUUAUAGUGAUACCUGAUGAUGAGUGA